UCUUGCGCUGGCACGCUGAAUAGCGAAUUCUUAAAACUACGAGCUCUCUACGGAGACCUUGUUUACAAGAUCUCGGCCAGAUCCAUUGUCAGCAUCAAUACAGACAACGAAGCAGGAAGGGUUUAGACCACCGCCUUUUCACACGGACUGCGAGGUUCGACUCGAGCUGGCUGAUCUUUGUGGCAGAGCCAGAUCAGCGGCUACGAUUCGUCAACCUAGAGCAGCUCGAGAUAUUGACCAGACGGAAAACGCGGCGACAGUAGCGACGACGGCGUCACGAUGGAUCACUUCAAGCGCCCUAGUACUAGUUCGGGGGAGGCCUCUCCUUCCCCUGUGCUGAGGCAUCUGGCGCCGACAACCCAGACGUCCUACGUCACAGCCAAUGCGUCUCCGAAACCGAGCCCGAAACUCGCCCACGCUCAGAUCCAGGCGAACUUUGCUCCUUUCGGUUUCGGAUAUCCGGUCCACUCGGGUCAGGGAUCGAAUGUGACCUCGGCCAGCCAGUCAGUCGUCGGGAGUCCAAACUUGGGGGAAAAAUCUCGUCUGCCGAGCUUUUCCAAGGGGAUGUCGGCCUUUGUGCAAAACGGAUUCGCCUACGGUGGAGGGGGAGGAGAAUCGUACACUGGGGUUGGGUCUGGCACGACUUCGCCAGGGUUGUUGAGCAACAACGUCUCGUUCGUCUCGGCCGAACAGUACUUGCGCGCCAGUGUCGCAGCCGACGGUCAACCCGGCGCACAACACCUUCCGCAACACCCAGGUCUGAACCGGUCGAGACCUUCUUCCGUCGCUCUCGCUGUCUCGGUUUCGCUAGCGUCCAGGUCUAGAUCGAGGACGCCGGUGCAGAAGGUCGGCAGUCCGCCCAUCUCUCCCUCGAGACGCAUGAGCAGGGAGAUCGGUGGUAAUCCGAUGACGGCCAUGCUGGGCCAGGUCGACGAGAAUGCACCUUCGCGAAGUACGACGCCUCACAAGAAACAGGGGAAAUGGGACAAGGGCAACGGAGAUGAUAUCGAGUUUGCCGAUUUUGGGUGGGACGAGGCUUUCGAGGACGACGACGACGAUUACACCGUUGCACGAAGGAAAUCUUCACGUGGAGGACCGGAUCAGCUGUACAAGGACUCUGGAUCGGACGAUGUGGCCGGGCUUCAAGUCGAAGUCCAGGGGAUGGAUAUGGGCAAUCAGUCGGCAUGGGAUGGAAGAGAUGACAACGAUGAUGACGACGACGGCAUCUUUCCUCCUGGAUACAGGAUCGGUGAGGGUUUGGCAUUCCGAGGCGAGAUCAUAGAGGAUGUGGAUCCGGUGGCACGAAGCAAGGAGAAUGGCCGCAGUCUGCCUCAAUCGAGCGCAGGAUCCAUCGCUUCUCUUCGUGAAAACGGCUUGGAUGCGGAUGAACGGGCACAGAGGCGGAUAUUUGAGGUUGUGCGUAAAUUGGGUUCGGGGAGCUAUGCGACCGUGUAUCUGGUCAAAGAGGUCGGAGGUGGACAAGAAUUUGCGCUCAAAUGCCUCUCCAAGAGAGAUCUCGAAGGUGACGCUUUACACGUUCAGCUCUUCGAGGCAACAAUUCACAUGUCUUUGCCUCGGCACCAAAACAUCGUGACGUUGUACCAAACGCUGCAAACCAAGAAGUGGCUGUUCUUACUGCUGGAAAUGUGUCCAGGAGAAGAUCUCUUUUACUGGCUUGAACAUUCUCGAGAUUCGCCGCCACCCAGCACCACCGAGAAUCACCAUCCUGAAAUUCACAACGAGUCACCCGAACCGCAUCCUCACGCCAGGAACAUCCCGUUGUCAUCGAGCAACCUACCAUCUUCGGCGGUACCGUUUUCGACUAGCGCCAUGAUCUCUGGGAUGGGCACGCCCCAUGGUGGGCUUGGUCAAUCGCCCAUUGCGUUCUCGCAUCGAAGCCAUUUCAGCCACGAUAUGCAUUCGCCUUACAAUCAUUUACAUCAACAACCGUCAAGUGGUCACGCUGCAACGCCAACUACUCCUAGCCUGUUGUCGGCCUACUCGGCAAAUGCCCUGUUGUCCGCUCGUCGGUUGAAGCUGAUCGCGUCCAUGUUUGCGCAAAUGUGCGAAGCUGUCGCCUUGUGCCAUGACAUUGGCGUGAGCCAUCGGGAUAUCAAACCGGAGAAUUUCAUCUGCUGCGAUUCCGAUGAAUUGGCUUCAGCUCGUGACGGCGAUGACUAUGCUGGAACGGGACGCAAGAAGGUCAUUGUCAAGCUGACAGACUUUGGUCUCGCGACCACCGAUGAGACCAGCGGAGACGUAGAGUGUGGAAGCCGUCCAUACAUGGCAUAUGAGUGUCGAAAUGAGCUUGGACCUAGCUACGAACCUCGCCCUGCCGAUGUUUGGUCAUUGGGGGUCGUGCUUCUCAACAUGCUGUUUCAUCGAAACCCAUGGACUGACCCGGUGCCCGGCAACAAGAACUUUGACGGCUUUCUCGACGAUCCAGUCGAGUUCCUCCUAUCGAGAUUCACCGGUAUCGGUCGGGAAGUUGCUGCUUAUCUUGCCGAGCGGGUCUUUAACGUGUAUACCGACCGACGCACGUCGGCUCGAGAUUUCGGGCGAUGGGCUCGACACCUGCCGAGCAUGAUCGGUGGCAAAAAGGCGGUCAGUGCGCUUCGAAUGUCAUAUCUCAAUGCCGGCGUCGUCAAGGAUCGCGGGCCUCUAGAGUUCAAGAAGAGUCCUAUCGAACCGCGAGGGGUGUCUGUCUCGCAUCCCAAGACCCCAACGCUGUUCAGCGGAUUUUCCCCAAUGGCCACCCAAUCGGCACAUUCUGGAAACGACCUACAAACCCUCGCGCCGCCUUUGGUCCCGACGGAGGCGGCAUUGUUGAAUGGGGUCCAGGAAACCCCUAGGUCAAUCGUCGACGAUGGGUCGUCUACAGUCGCCCAAGUCGAAAGUACCCUAGAGGCAAGCACUCCGAACGGCGGGGAUGAUGAAGCCUCCCGGCCCAUUUCGGCAAAGCGAAAGAAGCGAGGUACUCGAAGCAAGAACAAGGCCGCCUCGGCUGCUGCAGCUGCCCUCAUGGCAGGUAUGCCGGAAAGCACAGCACCCAAUUCUCAUGUCACUGCCCACACCGAGAAAGAGGCCGUUCUUCAGGAUCUGGCCGAAGCUUCGCAGACCCUUGCCAGACAGUUAUCUAAAGCUACCAAAUCGGCAGAAGGGUCGGUCAUUGAUCUCGACGAAUUUCCCAAACUUGGGGAAGAUGUGAAGCCCGGCCAACUCAAACAGUCGAGAUGGAAAGCCCUCAUGUCCAAGUCUCACGGAAAUCCCGAACUCCAAGCUUUGGUCAAGAAGAUUCAGGAGCGUGACUCGGGUUCGUCCGCGUACCGCAGCGCUCCCGCCAAGAUGCAGCACGUUGGUGGUCAGGGCCGAUCUAUAUCCAGCAUGAAUUCGAGUGAUGACACGACUGCAGCUACGCCCGUGCUGAGCUUGUCGCCCACGAGCGCAGUCUCUACCUUCAAUCCCACACAAAGCUUGCCGUGCGGCCUGGAUAGUGACAAUUGGAGAAGGCCACCUGCGCCUAUGACCCUGGACGGCCCGCUCGAGAAGGGGACAUUCACACAGCAGGAAGACGAACGUGGACGCAACGUACUCACCAACGGACGCCCGCGCCGGUUGGAAGGUAGUCAGACCCGUGUGAAGCGCUUUGACGGACGGGAUAUGUCCCCCGUGCCUACUCUGGCAUGGUCGCAGAACACUUCUCCUGUGGGCUCACUCCAAACGUAUAGCUUGCCUCUCUCACAGUACACAGGCUACAUCUCGUCAGUGUCUCGCGGUCACAGCGAUCCUGCAUCACCAGCUCAUAUCCAUUCCAUCGAAAAUAACAGGCCAAGCACCAUCACGCCGAGCAAGUCAGUCUUGGGCCCUGGCCUGCAGCAAGGUAGUACUCGAUACCCGAACAAACCACCAUCUCAGUCGGUAGUAUCGAAGGGAAGCUUGGUGGACGGUGUGGCACGUGACCACGGGCCACACAGUCAAGAGACGGACCCGCCUUCCAGACCCCCACUGGCCAAGAACAAGUCUUCCACACGAGGCAGUCGACCUUUCCUCGAAAGUAUCAGUGAGAAGCCAGCUAUUCAGCGCAAGGACAGUAUUGGUACCGCCAUGCAAGAGGCUCAACACGAUUCUGAAGGUAGGCUUGCAGUCCCAGCCUACAAGUCGGAUACAUCUGGAACCCCUGGAUCGCCUGCCAAGCUCAAGCAGCAAAUUGCUUCACUUGGCAAAAUGCUAUCUGGGCUCAAGACCGGACGAGGCAAGGAAUAGAAUCGGGAAUGCCAUCGGCCCUCCUCCCUGGAGAUUAGCAUUCAUUCUCGUUUCUUCACGACUCCCGCCACAUGCAUUGACGACUCAAACACACACUCGCCUACACAUCCACGCUCGUUGUCGACUGUCUCGACCGAGCAGGCGGACGCAUUUCGCCCUCGGGACCUCUCACGGCAUCCCUCUGUAACACUUUCAUCAGUACAUCA